AUGGACACACAGAAAAAGAGUAAAGUUUUGUCAUGCGACCCGGCCAACACCCGGCGCCACCUCUCCGGGCAAGGUGGUGUGAAAUGUGCUACCGGCCUUGCCAUCGCGACUCACCAGGCGACGCCGCAAGGAAUUCACUAUUCUGGUGCAUCUACAGCUUCAACACCCAUAGCUAAGCAAAUAUACUCCAUCGGGACUUGGAACGUUCGCGGCCUCAUUCAAGACGGGAAACUAAGCAUUAUAGAAACAGAAAUGCAAAGAAAGAAAAUUGACAUACUUGAUUUGAGUGAAACUCACCGCAGAGGCUCUGGCUAUUUUACAUCUGACUUGGGUAAUACAGUAUACUUCUCUGGACCUGAAAAUGAAAGCAACCGAGGAGUCGCAUUCAUCGUUCCACCACUAAUUAACAAAUGCGUUCUCGGAUAUAAAGCUAUUAACGAGAGAAUACUCACUCUUAAGCUAAACGCCAAACCAUGCAAACUAAACAUCAUCCAAGUUUAUGCCCCUACAGCUCAAAUAUUAUUGCGUACGUUGAACGCGCGGUCACGCGAAUUUGUCGCUAUGGUGCGUGAUGAUACCAGAAUCGAAGAACAGCUGCUACCUUUCGAAGAGGCGUUAGAGAAGACUGGUAAUGGAAUAUAUAACGUUCUGCUCGCGUUGACAUGUGCCCUGUCCCUUCUGGCAAUUGGUGCGGACCUGUUCGGCUUCAGCUUGGUGGUGACAGCCGCGUGUGACCUCGAGCUGACAGUCGCACAGAAGGGCAUUCUAACUUCAGCGCCGUUUGUUGGUAUUCUCUUAGUCUCCUAUAUCUGGGGCUACGUCUCAGACACCAAGGGCCGCAGAUUCACGCUACUGCUGUCACUGACGUUUGGUUUCAUAUUGUCCAGCAUCUGCAGCUUAUCUUAUGACUGGAUUACAUUAGGUGUUCUUAAAUUUCUAUCGGUGUGUUUUUCCUGUGCAGCGAACUCUGUAUCGUACACAUUGGUGGGAGAGUCCUGUGUUGGCAGAGUGAGAAAUAAGUACAUGGUCAUGAUGACCUGCUUCAUUCUGCUGUCUCCUGCAUUUGCUGCUAUUUUAACCUACCCAAUACUGAAACUUGACUUCGAAGUGCCGCUAUCAUUGGGAAUUGUCUUCAGACCCUGGCGGUUGCUAAACAUAGUCCUGGCUUUGCCGUCUGGGGUUGGGGCGGUUGCUGCGUAUUUCUUCCAUGAAUCGCCGAAGUUCCUCGCCAACUGCGGCAGGAAAGAAGAAGCUCUCGAAGUCAUGAGAUCCAUUUAUGCUGUCAAUCACUCUUGUACUAAGGAAGAGUUUGGGGUUACGUCUUUUACCAUGACUGAAGUGGAAAAAAAGAAAGGAUCCCUUAUCCGGUCAAUGUUCGAACAGAGCGCCCCUCUUUUCCGACCUCCCUACUUAUGGAGAACUCUACAGCUCUAUUAUAUAGUCGCUGUAGUUUUCAUCACGAACAACAGUUUCCUAGUGUGGCUUCCACAUAUACUAAAUCUGAUACGGAUAUCAAUGGAGAACGACACAGCUACUGGUAACAUCUGCGCUUUGAUAUCCGACGACAAUACGCUUUCGGCUGCAAAUAACACCGGCAACGGGUCAGUCAGUGGAACCACUGCAAACAAAAUUAAUCCAGAAAUUUGCCUUGGUACUAUAGAAGACGAUGUCAUCAUCACACUGAUGCUAUCUCAAUCGGUCUUCGCGUUCUUAAACUUCGUAAUAUCAUACCUCCCCAACCACAGGAGGAAAGUGAUGAUUUGCAUCUUAUGUCUAUCGUCGUUAAGUGGAUUUUUGGUCAGCACGACGCCAGAGCCGAUAUCCAGCGUGGUAUUUUUCAUGGUGUUCACAUCAACAUGCCUGGGCAUGGGUAUUUUAGCGUCGUAUUUCGUGGAUCAGUAUCCUACUUCACAUAGAGGAAUGGUGGCAUGUCUGAGCAUCAUGGUAGGACGGAGCAGCUCCUUUGUGGGUAUCAACCUGGUGGGCAAUUUAAUCUUCCAUCACUGUCAAAUAACCUUCUGUUUGUGGUCUUUACUUGUGCUAACUAGUAUUGCUGCAGCAUGGUUUCUACCGCCAGACAAGCCUUUGGAGUCAGCUGAAAAGUCUUCAAAAUUGUGA